CACUUAGCAGAGGUCUGCACAGCUCAACGCUCAAAAUGCUUGGCUUACUUAAGCUGCUCCUCUUCCUGCUAUGAGUGGAAAGUGCUACAAACGGACAUAAACAUGUUCAACAGCAGACAUCCUAGACUCAGCAAAAGAGGAAGAAUAUGGGGAUUGUGCAUCCUUUUGCUUUACACCAACCCCCUUUCCUGUUUGGCAAAUUUCAGUCAAGCAAAAGAGCUCAUCUAUAAGAUAAAGGAGGGAUUACCAAGGGGGACUUUUAUAGGAGCUAUUGGAGUAGAUUUAAAUUUGGAUUUCUCUGUUGACCCCCCCUUUAUAUUCAGUCUCGCUCAAAAGAAGGUCAGUGAACAGUAUGUGAACCUAAAUAAUACCACCGGGGAGCUUUACACAUCUGCUACAGAGAUUGACAGGGAGACUCUCUGUGCUGACAACUUAGAGGGGCAGGGAUGUGUCCUCUCACUGGAUGUGUUUGUGCUGCCUCAACAAUACUUUCAGCUUGUCAAAGUAAAGAUUUUCAUUGAGGAUGUUAAUGACAACAGGCCAAAGUUCCCCACGGAUGAGAUCACUAUGUCUGUCCCUGAAAACGCACCAAUCAAUGCUCGCUAUGCAGUAGAGCAAUCAGCAGUUGACCCAGACCUGGGUCCUUAUGGAGUGCAAACCUACUGGCUGGUUAAUGACUUUGAAAUGUUCACAUUGGAUGUUGAGGAGAAUGAAGGAGGUGAGCUGACGCCUUUCCUCAUUGUGACAGAAGCUUUGGACCGAGAGACUCAGGCGGAAUACAUUACCGAUAUAAUUGCAGAGGAUGGGGGGACCCCUCCUCUACUUGGUGCUGCGACUUUGAAAAUUGUCAUCACGGAUGUGAAUGAUAACUGUCCCCAAUUCAAAGAGUCACAAAUUAAUGUCACUCUGCAUGGGAAUACCACCAAAGGGGUACAUUUGGCACGUCUGCAUGCUUUUGACCCUGACCUUGGUGCUAAUGCUCAGAUCAGCUAUGCUUACAGUGAACGCGUGCCAAGGGACACCAGGAGCUUGUUCCAUUUGGACAAAAUUACAGGAGUGAUCAAGCUCGCAGGGAAAAUAGACACUGGCACAGCCACAUUUUACAAACUCACUGUUCUGGCUACUGGACCUGGUUGUAUUCCUGCUGUAGCCACUGUUAUUGUCCAUAUCAUCAAAGUUGUCACUGGACCCCCUACUCUCAUACCCCGGUACAUUGCGCCAGAAAAAGAUGGGGUGGUAACAAUAAAGGAAUCUGAACCAGCUUUUUCUCCAAUUGCUUUUUUUACUGUUAAAAACAUUGAUAAGAACCAAAGGGUGGAGUGUUAUUUGGAAGGACCUGGUCCCUUCAGGUUGAGCCCCUAUCAGCUGUUCAAGAAUGAAUACCUGUUGGAGACAACAGAGCCCUUGGAUUUUGAGAGGACACAGGAGUAUGAUCUUAUUUUGGUUGCUAAUAGCACCCGUGGGAUCGUUAUCAAGACCUUCCUUAAGGUGCAAGUUUUGGACGAGAAUGACAAUGCCCCUGUGUUUCAGCAGUCUUUGGUGGAGAUAUCAGUUGAAGAAAACAAUCCGCCAAACACUUUUCUCACUCAGCUCCAAGCGUCAGACCAGGACAGUGAAAGCAGAGGGGAAGUUCUUUACCUCCUCGGAGGCGACGCCCCUGGUAUUUUUGUUGUGGAUCGAGUUACAGGUAUCCUGACUGUGGCCACAUCGCUGGACCGUGAGGAGAAAGAGACAUACCGGUUCAUCGUGAGAGCGGUGGACCAGGGGACACCCAGGAGGGAGUCAAUUGCAACAGUGGUGGUGACCGUGCAAGAUCGCAAUGACAACAGUCCGCGAUUCAUCAACAAGGAUUUCACUUUCUUUGUGCCAGAGAACUUCCCAGGUUAUGGUGAGAUCGGUGUCCUCUCUGUGACUGAUGCUGAUGCUGGAGAAAAUGGCUGGGUGGCCCUGUCCAUCCUGAAUGGCAGUGACAUUUUUAUGAUAGACACAGGCCGAGGGGCACUGAGGGCAAAGACAUCACUGGACCGGGAGCAGCAGGGGACCUAUCAGCUAUGGAUCGAGGCUGUUGAUGGUGGGGAGCCUGCUCUCUCCUCUGUCACAAUGGUUACCGUGCUGCUGCUGGAUGUAAAUGACAACCCACCAAUCGUCCUCUUUCCUCAGUCGAAUCAGUCGUACAUGCUAGUGCUACCCAACACUGUACCAGGAACAUCAAUCACAGAGGUGUACGCUGUGGAUAAAGAUACAGGGAUGAAUGCUGUGAUCGCCUACAGUAUCAUUAAAAGGAAAGGCGGUGAGCCCGGGUCUUUUGCCAUUGACCCAGAAACAGGAAAUAUCACAUUAAAGAGGGAGCUCAGCAAUCGUGGCCUAUACAGCCUUCUGGUGAAGGUCAGUGAUCAUGGUCAACCUGAACCGCUGUACUCAACAGUUAUGGUUAACUUCUUUGUCAAUGAAACAGUGAGUAAUGAAAGUUACAUUCAAAGUCUGCUGACCAGAGAGGCUGACAUAGAGGUAGAGGAGAGGCCCUGGUACAUUGGCCAGAUGGCAGAGGGGCCUGAGAGGUAUGAGCCGUUCCCGUGUCAGCCUGUCCUCAUUGCUCUUUCAGUGACGUGUCUGGGGCUGUUCUUCUUGGUUGUCACGCUGACAUCUUACAUAUGCUGUAGGAGGUUUAAAAAGAACAGGAUGAAAAGAUCAGAAGUGGAAAUACCUUUAAAAAUCCAAAAUGACUCGAUGCAGGUUGUGAACAGAAAACUCAGACAGAUCUCUAACAUCUGAUGUUCAGUUGUUCACUCGUUCAAAAAAAAAAAACCACCACCACUGUUUACAUAAAUGUUUACAAAACUCACUGUAAGAACUUUCUCUUACAUGAAGUUCCUCUUUUGGGCUUUGUGAUGAUUGUUUUUUGUCAUAUGCCACCACUUUCUGUCAACUGUUGGCAGGCAGCAACGGUGUCAUUACAAAAACAUCACAGUAACUCAGUGAAUAUUACCAAGGUCCCAUGUAAAUACUGUAUAAAAAGAUUUACAACUUUAUAUACAAGUUUUGCAUUUGAUUGGUAAGGACAAGAGACACUGCUUUAGAGAAAAAAAUGCAUCUCUUUAGACCAUCUGUCACUUGUAUCGGGUAUACAAAUAUAAUUGAAAAAUGAAUGUAUUUCCAAGUUAAAUGUUUAUCUAUAUUCAUGAGGUAACCGUGAGGUCUGUAAUACAGAAAAGGGCAAUCAAAGUGAAUUGGAAAAGCUAACACAGAAUACGUGAAUGCCAUAAAACGUCAUUCUAUACACGACAACCGCAAUGACAACAGACCAAACUAGACUAACAAACAAACUAGACGUUUCUUCCCAGAGUUUUCACUUGUGUCUUACUUUCUACUUUUGCUCAGAUGUUGUGCAAUGAUAUAGUACAUAUAAAUGAUAAUUGAGUGAUAUAAUGUUAGGUUAAAAGUUCCAGAAAAAAAAGCUUGUAGGUGCACCUUGAGUUUUUUUGUUUUGUUUGUUUGUUUGUUUUUGUCCCCUUUUCUUUUUAUCAAUAAAAAUUCCGUACAGCUGUUGUGCCAAAUCAGCACAACAACAAAAUAAUCACAUUUUCAUCACUUUGCUACUGGAACUGUGUCCAAACUUGUCAAAAAAGCUACUUUUAAGUUAAAUACAUCACUUUCCUUUAUAGAGUCAUGCAAUUCUCAAUGUGUCUGUGAAAAUAUGCAAGUGUUUGUGAUAGACUGUUUGUAACUAUUAAAGAUACUUUAUUUUUAUAAUACACUGGA